UGAUACUUUACCUGUGACUUUGACACUAUACACAACAAGGAACCACAAACAUCCUUCAUCAGGAAGCUAUUCGAAGAGCGCAGAACAUUAAUAACCUGCCAAUGCAACACACUUCAGGAGGCUCGUGAGGAUACUGGUUAGGAAUCUGCACACCUGUCAAGCAAUCUGCUUUGGAACAGCUCAGCCAGUUAUUCAGAAAAAAAAUAUUGCGCUCGCAUUUUUACAUUUUGUAAAGUGUUUUUUUUUUCAACUAUUUUGCCAAACAAAAAUCCAUGAGAAAUGUGCCUUUCAGGAUUUUGAUUUGAGAGCUAUUGGAAUGUGACAAAGAGAAGGAUUUUUAACUAAGGAAUUGGAACAAGCGUUUCCCUUUUGAUUGACAGCUCUGGUUUAUUUACCGUACACCGAUGGAGAUUGAGAGCAUGGUAGCAAAUAGUGCUCUUAUCAGGGCCAGGGGAGGCGGAGGGGUUAAAGGGAAAGGAAGGAGCUGGAAAUGGAAAGAUUUGCUACGCUUCCCUCAUAUUAGUCAGUGUUCAGAGCUGGCCAAGACUAUUGUGCUUGAUUAUACAAGUAUGUGCGUGAAGCAGCCGAUUGGCAGAGAGCUGUUUCGUCUUUUCUGUGAGACUAGGCCUGAUCUUCAGCACUGCAAUGCUUUGUUUGAUGCAAUGGAUACCUGGGACAUGAAAUCAGACGAGGACAGAAGAAGUUUUGGCAUUCAAAUCAUUACCAAAUUUCUAAGUAGUCAGUCCUCUUACUGUGUGCAGUUGGUGGUGAGCCAUGGAAAAAAGUGCAGGGAUAAUUUGGAGGUUCUUCCUUGUAAUGAAGCCUUCACUGAGUGCAGAAAUGCCCUGCAUGACUGCCUGAGUGGAUACCCCUUUCUUCAGUAUCAUCAAAGCAUGUACUUUGAACGUUUUCUGCAGUGGAAGAUGGUAGAGAGGCAGCCUGUUACAAAGUAUUCAUUCAGACAGUACAGGCUGUUGGGGAAGGGAGGCUUCGGAGAGGUAUGGGCGUGUCAGGUGCGUGCGACAGGGAAGAUGUAUGCGUGCAAGAAGCUGGAGAAGACCCACAUGAAGAAACGCAAAGGAGAAACCAUGGCGCACAACGAGAAGCAGUUACUGGAGAUGAUCGACAGCAGAUUUGUGGUGAGUCUGGCUUAUACCUAUGAAACAAAGCACUCCCUCUGUCUGGUGCUGACCUUGAUGGAUGGAGGAGAUCUUAAGUUCCACAUCUACAACAUGGGCUCUCCAGGGCUCAGUUCAGAGAGGGUGCAGUUCUACACAGCACAGGUCUGCUGCGGUCUGCAUCACCUGCAUCAGAAAGACAUUGUCUACAGGGAUAUGAAACCGGAGAACAUUCUAUUGGAUGACAAUGGACACAUCCGUAUAUCUGAUCUGGGUCUGGCACUGAAACUGUCAGGGGGGGAAUUGGCACAAGGCCGUGUAGGCACCGUGGGCUACAUGGCUCCAGAGGUGAUCGCAAACGAGCAUUAUGGGACGAGUCCUGAUUGGUGGGGCCUGGGUUGCCUUGUGUACGAGAUGACCGCGGGGAAACCCCCUUUUCGGGAGGCGAACGAGCGAGUCAAGAGACCCGAGAUGGAGAGAAGGACACAGGAGGAAGAGGAGGACUAUGGGAAGAUGUUUAGCUGCGAGGCGUCAGACCUGUGCCGAUCGCUGUUAAACAAGGACCCAAAGCAGAGGCUGGGCUGUCAGUCAUCCGGGGUCGAAGACGUGAAGUCUCAUCCCUUCUUCAACACCAUCAACUUCCGGAUGCUGGAAGCUGAACUCAUUGAGCCACCAUUUAAACCUGAUCCUAGAUUGGUGUACUGCCAUGAUGUCCAGGACAUUGAUGAGUUCUCCACUGUAAAGGGUGUCAGUUUAAACCAAGCAGACAAGGACUUCUACAAAAAGUUCAACAUGGGUUGCGUUCCUGUUUCCUGGCAAAAGGAGAUCAUUGAGACAGAGUGUUUCAAGGAGCUGAAUCUGUUUGGGCCCAAGGGGUCACGACCCCCAGACCUGGACUGGACCCAAGCUACUUACCCCGAGACUUCCAAACGCAGUCUGCUAGAUCGCAUACGCCGGAAGCCUAAUCCUGAGCCGUCAGGUAAUGGAAGUGGACAAUCCAGUUUACAAUAUACAUUAAGUAAGGACAACAGCUACAUGGACUCAGCAGGCAGGAUCAGCACUGCCCUCUAGGAGUACACACGUUGCACUACAACCAGGGCUGGAUCUAGAACCUUCUGUUUUGAUUAUCAUCAACUCACAGUACUAGAGUUCCAAAUGCCAACGAGGAGCAUUGUAUGAAUCUGUGAUUGUUCCAUGUUUUUUCAUUUGCCUCACCAACACACGAGUCAAUAGUGUUAUAUUUCAUGUGGCAAUGCUCCAAUAUGCUUUGUAGGUCCACAUUUAAAAGGAAAACUGGCUAAAGUGAUAAAAUGUAUGUUAUUUUAUUAAAACAAUAAUGAACACAAAACACAUCCCAAAAUAAUGACCACCAUUCAAAUAACAAUUAAAAUUGCUUACAAAAUUGUUACAUCUAUAAAAACAGGAGCACGUAUAACCACAACAAACAGAAGUAUCAAGUUAUGUUGAAUUGUGUUCUAAUUUGGUGUCCAGUGGGUUUCACAAGGAGCAUGUCAUUUUGUGACAUUAAAUUGACAUAUUAACUUGACAUUUUAAACUGAAUGAAUUGAGCACGGCUAGCUUUUAAAUCACAAUUUGAAAUCUCAUAACAGAUUGUAACCCGAUGACUGCGUGAACCAUGUAUAGCUAUUAUGUCCUAUGUGGACUCUAAUAUGGAAUCUUAAGAGCCAAAAUCACUGUAACAGCAGCACUGUGAACUAACUUGUUCCUAAUCUACAUGAACUGUAUGUGCAUCCAUGUUUUUAGAAAAAGGGUUUAUUCAAAAUAAAUCAAGACAGUUUGAGCA